AUGGCCACAGGAGCAGCCGGAGACGGACUACUCCGCGGCGUAUUCGAAGGAUGCAUUUCCGGUGGUGAUAUGGGGAUCCAGCGGCGGCCGUAUCAUCGGAAUUGUAACUGCGCGUUACAUAAAUCGAAGGGCCAUUGUUCGCAUCCGCCGAAAAAUACGCAGGUGUCGUAUCCGGUGAGGCGAUCGUGGAGCGAAAGUAGCCUAGUGUUGAUGGCCGCAUCUGGCGCUGGGCAUUUGUCAUCUGGUUCUUCUCCGGCCAUGAGUACCGAUACCGGAGAGAUUCCAAGGACGCGAUCGCAUUUGGUGUUGUCUAACCUAGAAGACAAGAAAAAUCCUUGUAAGAUUUGA